AUGGAAGACUUUCCGAGUUCCAGCGAGAAGGAAGUUUUAAUUUCUUCUUUCCUGGAGAUCGCCACGGGCUUCUCCUCUGACGCCGCCAUCAACUAUCUGCAGGCGACCAACUGGAGGCUGGAGGAUGCUUUCGAGCUAUUUUUCGCCGGCGGCGAGCCUGGUACUGCCUUCUCCGACGAUAGAGCAAGAGAUGACGGAGUUCGGCCUCCAAUACCAUUGAAGAGAGAGGUUUUGUAUGGUCCUGCCCCUUCUCUCCUCUCUCAAUGUUUUGAUGCGGAAUCGAGUGUCUGGAAAUCGGAGGGUGGCGAAUCAAACUGCAGUAUUCUCGCUUCAUUGUUCCGUCCACCAUCUUGUCUCAUAUAUCAUGGUUCCUUCCACGACGCCAAGGUGGCGGCCAGUAGUGAAAAUAGGUGGCUGCUUGUAAACCUGCAAAACAUGGAGGAAUUCAGUUCCCACAUGCUCAACCGGGAUACAUGGUCGAACGAAACGAUGGUGCACAUGAUUCAGGCGAAUUUUGUCUUCUGGCAAGCGAACCACGACACUGAUGGGGGGAAGAAGGUCUGCACCUACUACAAGUUGAUCUCGUCACCUGCAAUUCUCGUCAUCGAUCCCAUCACCGGACAGAAGAUGAGGUCAUGGAGCGGCAUGAGAACAGCGGAUGCAUUGUUAGAGGAUCUGCUCCCGUUUGUGGAUGGCGGUCCAAAGGAGCAUCAUGAUGUUCUCUCUCGUAAGCAAUCAGUUCACGCUACUGAGCUUGGUCUAAGAGAGGCAGCUUCCACGGAAGGUACAUCCGCAGGUGAUAGAAUCGGUGCUGAUAAAGAUAUUAUGGAGGCUAGCAUGAAUGCAAAGUUGGAGUAUCUCCAUCUUCCCGAAGAACCCAAAGGUGAGAAGGGGGUUACUUGUAGAGUGGCCAUUCGUCUCCCUGAUGGACGGAGAUUGCAGAGAAAUUUUCUACGUAGCGAUCCGAUAAAGUUGCUUUGGUCAUUCUGCUCCUCUGGGUUGGAGGAAGGCAACAUGCGUCGGUUUCGGUUCGUGCAAACUACUUCUGGUGGAUCGAAUAGCCUGGAAUAUGAAAGUAACCUCACCUUUGAAGAAGCAGGCUUCUCAAAUUCCAUGAUUUCAAUGGUUUGGAAAUGA